AUGACUGGACCCCCUACCUUGGUGACGCUGCCUGUGGAGCCAAGCUGCGAGAUGCACAAUCAGGUACGCUGGAAAGCCGCACGCGUGUACGAGAGAAAGGAAGCCAUUCAGAAAACGCAAGCAAUCAACUGCGUGGAAGAACGAGUUGAAAAAUGCGUUGAGAAUUGGCUAGGCCUCAUGGGAUCGUCCACAGUUCUACCGAUAGAACCCUUGGGAAUCUCUCCGGAACAAUGCAAAAGGGCACUGGAACAAGGUCGAGUUGGAGAACUUCUCCUCGAAAUAAAAGGCAAUGGCCUAUGGCAAACAGUGGAAGCACCGCCGGUCAAGAAACCUUGGUUUGGCACGAAUUGCGAGAACACCUCUAGAUUCACCGUACGGGAGGGCGAAGCCCAUCGUUUUGCCGAUCAGGUUAUAAUGACCGUCCCACCCGGGAUUGCGUUGGAUGAGUCGAACUACAUACGGACAGGUGGCGGAAUUACGAUCUGGCAAGAACUAGCUGAAAACGCUUGUAACUGGGAGUUUAUCGGACUCUCAGAGAUCCUCACCGACUUUGAUACCGUAUACAUCCAGCAACUGGAUUGGAUCGACACGCUGUUGUCGUCCGAACCAGUCGAAGAAUGCGGCAAAGUAGGCUUCUUGACAGCUGCAGGAAUGCUAAUUGUGCGAGAAGAAGACAAGCGAGCGAAGCGAAGCCCAGAUCCAGAUCCAGAUCCAGCGGAUAACGGAGACCGAAAAUGGAUUCCAAAAGCGGAAUUGAUCGGAGAAAAACCAGAAAAUCAGACCGAAAUUACCGCGAAAUGGAUUCCCAGCUUUUCAGGACAGAUCGAACAGAUUCGAAAAGACAUCAGCGCCGUGAAAAGGGAUCUGAACGUGACGAUGCACAUCUUCAAUGUGAAAAUCGAAAAGCUAGAACGACUAGACGUGACACAAGAACGAGCGGUAGGCCAACUGAUAGCAGAACGAAGUCAUUUAUUCGACCUGCAAAAGAAAUUCACAAUGCUGGAACAGACAAUCGAAAAACAAAACCUCGAAGAUGCUAAAGAAGUAAAAACGCACAACGAAAAGGUCGACACCAUCAUCGCGGACAAUGGGAAAAGAGAUAAACAACUAGAAACGAUGAGGGAGAAAAUUGAGAAGGCUACGGAAGAGAAACUACAAGAAAUGGGAGUCGAAACCAGAAAACUCGACAAGCUGAUUGGCACGAUCAGGGAACAAGUAGCGGAGAUCCAGAAGCCAAUAGCACGCAUGGAGCCGGUUCACAUAAGAAUGCAACAGGAGAUCAAGGAGCUGAAGGAGAAGCUCGAAGCAAUCAAGACGGCGGAAGCCCGCCCGAAGGUCAACGAAUCAGGAUUUCAGCAGGAACUAGAAAAGCUGAGACAACGGGUCGAGCAACUGGGAUACGCAAAUCAAGAAGAGUCAGAAUUUACGUCAGUAUGUCUGGCACAUCGUCAAGAAUUUAGACACUGGAACACCAGAAUACUGAUAAAUCCAACGACUGCGAUCCGAGAAAUCCUGGAACGACCAAAUCUACUCGUACACCAAGUGGAUGCCAGAAGGUAUCUCGUGCACGAAUGCAAGGAUCUUGAAAUACAAGAGAGCCAAUUGAUUAAAAAUCACCGCAUCGGUGAACGAUGCUUCCUGCAACUGCCAUUCAAGACGGAGAACGGCGAGUUCCAAUUCAUCCAAAUUUCCACAAAGGAUAUCGUCCCUCAAGGCGACGAGAUCUCAUGCCUAGGAGAAAGACUGAUUCCACAAGCCUUAUUUCUAGAAAAUCAGGCACCGGAACUCGACCACAAACACCCGCCGGCGCACACUGCAAUGAGGACACGAUUGGCUCGACAGACCACGACAGACAAAGUCACGAAUUGGCUGGAGACACCGUCCAGAUGGUUGAAGAAUCUUAGCGGUGAUAUACUUCAAAGUAUGGGUAAUCUCGACUUCGACAAGCUCACUAACGGGAAUCGUGAAGGCUGUACUUCCAAGGGUGAAUUCGCUAACGGC